AUGCCAUUACCGACCUUUGAUGGCACGUUCGACAACUGGAUUAAAUUUCGCGAUUCCUUCGAAGCUAUUGUUAACAGCAGAGAUAUUGCAAAGAUUGACAAAUUUCAUUUUCUAAAUCAGGCACUUCACGGGGAUGCAGCCCGCGUAAUUCAGUCUCUAGGUAUUUCGGAAACAAAUUAUGACAUCGCGUGGAAAUGUCUAAAGGACCGAUACGAGGACUCCGGUGCGCUUAUUCACCAUCAUACAAAGGACUCUGAUAAUUGGCCCAUUUCAGAAGUUAUCAAUCUUGAAAUCUUUCCUGGAAUUAAAAGAAGCUGCAUUUCAGAUCAAGUUACCCUCACGAAUCAAGAUUCAACCAUUUUUGAACGUUUCUCGUCCUUUGUAAAAUUACUCAGGGUACUCUCAUAUUGUUUUCGAAUCCGCAAUACUUUAGCCAGGCCGACUACCGAUUUCAAGAUAGGAUUUCUCACACCCCAAGAAUUAAAGUACACGAAACAUCGACUGAUUAAAUUGGCACAGGCAGAAUCUUUUCGCACUGAUAUUCAAUGUAUUGAACAAAAAAGGGAACUUGCGAACUCUAGCAAACUUAAAUCACUCACACCGUUUCUUGAUGAAUUCGGUCUUCUCAGAGUGGGCGGAGGGCUUAACAACGCAUCUCUUCCUUUUGAUAAAAAACAUCCCAUUAUAUUACCGUCGGAUCACCUGUUAACGAAGUUAAUUAUAAAGGACGAAUAUAAACGAUUAAUGCACGCUGGAUGUCAAAGCGUGGUAGCAUCUCUGCGAGAACAGUACUGGCCACUUUCAUGUAAAAGCAUUGUCAAGACAGUACUUCGAAAAUGCGUGCAAUGUUUCCGAGUCAAGCCAGUAGGUACAGAAUAUGUUAUGGGAAACUUACCUGAAGGACGAGUCACACCAGUUCGUCCAUUUAACUCCAGUGGAGUCGAUUAUGCAGGGCCGUACCUUGUUAAAGAUAGAACUCGAAGUCGAACAAAUACGAAGGCAUAUUUAUGUAUAUUUGUAUGCUUUGUGAUAAAGGCCGUUCAUUUAGGGUUAGCGAUAGAUUUAACGACCUACGGAUUCUUAAGUUGCCUUCAACGUUUUAUAUCUCGGCGUGGUCGUCCUCAAAACAUAUACUCAGAUAACGGAACAAAUUUUGUCGCCGCUCGGAACGAGCUUAAGGAACUUGCGAAAUUAUUACGUGACUCUAAACACCAAGAAAAUGUAACCAAUUUUUCAUCUCGAGAGGGAAUAAAUUGGCAUUUUAUUCCAUCCCAUGCCCCACACUUUGGCGGGUUAUGGGAAAGCGCUGUCAAAUCUAUAAAGCACCACUUGAAGCGAGUCAUCGGUGAGACUCAACUAACAUUUUCUGAAUUGUACACAGUACUGACUCAAGUUGAAGCUUGCCUAAAUUCUCGUCCUCUGUCACCCUUAUCCAACGAUCUCAAUGACCUUGAACCCCUAACUCCCUGA